UGUGUAGCCGCCCGAGCCCCUCCCCCAUCGCCCGCCCGCGCUCGAUUGCUCUCGUCUGGCGGCGGCAGCAUGGCGGCGGGGGCGGUUGAGGCGGUGGCUGCCGUUGUGGAGGUCGGCUCAGCCGGGCAGUUUGAGGAGCUGCUGCGCCUCACAGCCAAGUCCCUCCUUGUAGUCCAUUUCUGGGCACCAUGGGCUCCACAGUGUGCUCAGAUGAACGACGUGAUGGCAGAGCUAGCCAGAGAGCACCCCCAGGUUUCAUUUGUGAAGUUGGAAGCUGAAGCUGUUCCUGAAGUAUCUGAAAAAUAUGAAAUUAGUUCUGUUCCCACCUUUCUGUUUUUCAAGAAUUCUCAGAAAAUGGAUCGAUUAGAUGGUGCCCACGCCCCAGAGUUGACUAAAAAGGUUCAGCGACAUGCGUCUAGCGGCUCCUUCCCACCCAGUGGUAAUGAGCACCCGAAGGAAGACCUCACCCUUCGCCUGAAGAAGUUAACUCACGCUGCCCCCUGCAUGUUGUUCAUGAAGGGAACUCCUCAGGAGCCGCGCUGUGGUUUCAGCAAGCAGAUGGUGGAAAUUCUUAACAAACAUAAUAUUCAGUUUAGCAGUUUCGAUAUCUUCUCAGAUGAAGAAGUUCGUCAGGGCCUCAAAACCUAUUCCAAUUGGCCGACCUAUCCCCAGCUCUAUGUUUCUGGAGAGCUCAUAGGAGGACUUGAUAUAAUUAAGGAGCUAGAAGCAUCUAAAGAACUGGAUACAAUUUGCCCCAAAGCCCCCAAGUUAGAGGAAAGGCUCAAAGUACUGACAAAUAAAGCUUCUGUGAUGCUCUUUAUGAAAGGAAACAAACAGGAAGCUAAGUGUGGCUUCAGCAGACAGAUUCUGGAAAUACUAAAUAGUACUGGUGUUGAAUAUGAGACAUUUGAUAUCUUGGAGGAUGAAGAAGUUCGGCAAGGAUUAAAAACUUACUCCAAUUGGCCGACAUACCCUCAGCUGUAUGUGAAAGGGGAGCUUGUUGGAGGACUGGACAUCGUUAAGGAACUGAAAGAAAAUGGUGAGUUGCUGCCUAUACUGAAAGGAGAAAAUUAAUAAGCGUUAGACUUGGUGCCCAGCUACUGCAAGAAAGCCUUCAUUCCAGUGGAGCAGCUCAUGAUUUAGUCCUCAGAAGUGGGCUAGGAGUAGAAAAUGCUCGUCCCAGUUACGCUUUGUGUAUUUCACAAGGUUGUGCUAAAUAAACGUAUGUGACGUUUCUUCCACCAAAAACAACGCAAUAAACACCUUCAAGUUCAGUUAAAAAUAA